AUCCAUAAUUUUAUGUGAUAUACUACCGGAAGAAAUGGUAAAGGUUGUGUAGGCCAGCUGCAUUACGGUGGUUGAUCACGCUUUUCGAAAUCAGAACAAGAUACCACUGUCUAAAGUGGAGACAGAAUCUCAACCAUGGGGAAGCGGUAUUACUGCGACUACUGUGACCGGUCCUUUCAAGACAACAUGCACAACAGGAAGAAACACUUGUACGGUGUUCAACACCACAGAUCUAAAAAGGCCUGGUUUGACCAUUUCAGGGAUACAGCAGCCAUCUUAUAUGAUGAACAAACUAAGAAACCCUGUAGGAAGUUUCUUCAAACAGGCCAGUGUGUGUUUGGAAACAACUGCAGGUUCUCUCACAUGUCAGAGACAGACAUGGAGAACCUAAGAAUGCAGAUUGAAGAUGAAAGGCGAAGCAGAGAGGACCCGGAGCACAGAGUAUCUCCUGAGCGGAGUAUAGAGGAGUGGCUCACCAAGAUGGAGAAGAAGAGAGCUGCCCUCAAAAGUGGAAGUGUUUUAAAAGAUGAAGAUGAGGAGGAUGAGGCAAAUCAACCAGAGAAUGACAUACCCCCUCAUUUCCUUACUAUUCCUGACCUCCCUCCAUCACUCCUGCCCCCUCCACAUGGUGGAUGGAAAAUUAAAGCUAGAAUUGAAUGGGGUUAAAGCAGGUUGACCAUUUCUUGGCAUCAUAUGGUGAUGGAAGAAGUCAUCAGAAUUGUUCUAUUAGGCAACAAACAUUUAAGUGUUUGACAUGAGUACAUUUGUAAUCACAUUUGAAUCGAUUUUCAUCAUUGUGGAUUAUAUGUUUCUUAUGAAUUGUUUUAUUGAGUAGGCCCCUGCAGGUAAAUGUACUAUGACUAGACAUUUGCAUGUGAUAUUGUAAUGCUUUAACUUAUUGCCUCUGGAAAGCUGGCUACCAUAAAAUACUGUACUGUGCAAAAGUGUUAGGCCUCCUGAAUUUCUUUUGAGCAAUUUAUCUGGGCAGUAUGUUUUUGCUAAUAAAAACACUAUAUAUAAUAUUUGAAUGAAUGCAAAUGAACAUCCACCCAUUUAAGCCAACCAGCAACAAUAAUUAGUUCUCUGUAUAGUUUUAAUUUUUCUGUUUCUAUUGUUGCAGAUCCUAUUCAUGUUAUCUCAAUGAGAUGCAAGUAAAAAACCUUAAAAUU